CUAUUGAGAAUUUUUGCAAAGUGGGGGUCCUCAAAUGGAAUUUUGGAGGAUCCCAGAGGGAGUUUUUGGGGUCUGUAUACAGAAACAUGGAUGAAUGGAAACAAGAAAUGGAGUGGUCUCAGGGUCCCGGCCAUGGCGGUGCAGGAGCCCCGCCCCAACCACACCAUCGACAUCAACAACCUCAACGAGGAGAUCAACAAGGACGAGCCAAAGCAGUCCCUCUCCCCAUUUGCCAUUUUCUCCCACUUUGGGCAGGUUUUGGACAUUUUGGGCUGGCGCAGUCUCCGCAUGCGGGGCCAGGCCUUCGUCAUGCUCAGGGAGAUGAGCAGUGCCAGCAACGGCCUGCGCUCCAUGCAGGGCUUCCCCUUCUACGGCAAACCCACGAGGAUCCAGUUCACCAAGAGGGACUUGGACAUGGCGGCCAAGAUAAAGGGAACGUUCGUGGGGCUGGAGCGGGACAAGGGGCAUAGGGAACAGUGCCUAGAUUUGGGGUUAUGGGAUGUGGGGUCACUUACAGGAUUUGGGAUCAUUUAUGGAAUUUGGGAUCGGGGGAUGCCACCGCUGGCACAGCUGCCCCAGAUGCUGCCACACCUGGGGGGGAACCGCCCUAAAUCCCCCCCUGGGCAUGAUCCCAGCCUGGGAAUGGCCCCAAAUCCUGGAAUGGCCUCCAUGCCAACCCCACAGCCUCUGUCGGAGAACCCCCCGAACCACAUCCUGUUCCUGACCAAGCUCCCUGAGGAGAGCAAGGAGCUGAUGCUGUCCAUGCUCCUCCAGCAGUUUCCCGGGUUCAAGGAGCUGCGCCUGGUGCCCGGCCACGACAUCGCCUUGGUGGAGUUGGACACCGAGGUGCAGGCGGGCGCCACCCGCGAGGCCCUGCAGGGCUCCAAGAUCACCCAGAGCAACGCCACAAAGAUCUCCUUGGCCAAAA